AUGGACGCGUCGCUCUCGGGUAUCCUCCGCAUGGUCAUGACGGCGCCCGACAUGGAGAGCAAGGUCUCGGGCAUGCGCCAGCUGGAGGUCCGGGUCCGGGCCACGCCGGAGCGAUUCCACUCGCCGCGGCUCGCUGCCUGGCUCACCCGACAGCUCGGUACCACCACAUCGCCUGCUCCUCUGCCUGUGGUUGCCAUCACCGUCGUCCUCCUCUCGCACCUCGCUUCCACCCCCAUCGGUCUUGCCGUCCUCCGUGGCACCCGCGACCUGCCCUCGGCUUGGGCCGCCGGCUUUGCCGCCGCAGGCACCUUUGCCGUCGGCGCCUCGCUCCGGGCUGCCCUCCUCAGCCUCAUCGACAAACUCAUCGAAGGCGCAGACGAUGAGCCCUUUGACUGGUUCUCCACAGAGCGCCACGCCUGCAUCGUCGCCGACUCGCUCACCACAAGCGGUCGCGAGCAGGAGCAGGCCGCCAAGGUCCUCGCCUGCAUGGCCCGCCAACCGCGGGUCGCAAAGUUCCUCUGCGACGGCGGCUAUGCCACCUCGCUCAUCCGCGCCCUCGCCCGCCCCUCGCUUGCUCUUCAGCAGUACGCUCUCGCCACUCUGGUCCGUAUGACCGAAGUCGAUCGCGCCUGCGGCAUCCUUGCCGGUCAGCGCUCCACCGCCCUCAAGAUCCUGGCCAAGCUCUCGGCCUCGUGGGACGCGCCGGCGCUUCUUCGACUCACCAACUUUCUAGUCAACCGCAUCUCGCCCACCGUCCAGCUCCAGCCCGUCGCCCAAGAGGUCAGCCCCGCUGCGCCGGCUCGCCCUGCUGCCUCCAAGCCUGCCGCGAGCUUCCUGGCCCUUCCCGGCGCGGCAGGUGGCGACCAAGCAUCAUCGAGUGAGAGUUGCGACCAAGUAGGCCUUCGUCCACGCAAGGUCUCGACCUCGAAAAUCGACGGCCUCAUUGCCGAGCUCGGCAUCGACGAGCCACCGCCGUCGCCGAUGGCCUCGCGUCCGCCGUCAUCCAGCAACCACACCGAGUCCGAGUACGCCGAGCUCCUCGGCGACGUCUCGCAACUGAAGAUCCCAGAUCCGGGCUCCGAGUCGCGCCCGAGCUCGUUUGGCGAGUCGCCUCCGCCGGCUGAGGCUGAGUCCGAGCCGCCACUUUUGCCGCUUCGUGGCCGCAAGGCCCGUGGCAUCAAGUUUGAGACCCUGUUCUCCAUCCUCCACGACGGCGCCGAGUACGACAGCACAUUUGACAUGGCUCCGGCUGCGCCGCCCGUCACUGUUGAUGGGCGCGGCGCAGAGGCUGCCGCCAGCGAGCCCUCGCCGGAUCCCGUGCCCGAUCCCGUGGUUGAGCACUCCAACAGAGCCAGUAGCGGCUCGUUCGAGUUUGGCUCAGAGCCACCGCUUGUCACAGACUCGGGCUCCGACUCAGACCUAGAGGAAGUGAUGGAGGCUGCCAAGACCGAGGCCGAGGUCGGCGCCGCCCUUGACGCCAUCAUGGGACCGGAUCUCGGACUCGACCUCAGUGGCAGCGGUCCAACUGCGCAGGAGAAAGCCGAUGCAGCUGCAGCGACCGAGGCCGAGGUCGACGCUGCCCUCGACGCCAUCCUCUCGCCGCGCAAGCCCGCCAACGAGGCCGGGCAGGCUGACCCGCCGCAGCAGCCGACGCUUGUCGACGAGCUCUACCACCAGCUCGCCCGUGAAUGCGACGAGAGUCUCGACAUCGAGACUGUCGAGGAGCUCGCCGCCAUUCUGCCGGUCUCGGUCAUUCGCGACCGCCGACUGAGCAUGAUGAUUGCCGCCGACCGCCGCCCAGCCUCACUUAUUGUUCGCGAGUUGUGCGACAAGCUCGAGCCCGUGGUUGCCGCCAACGCCGACGCGCUGGCCCCGCGCGAGCCGACCACAGCCGACGAAUUUGACACCAUGCUCGCCGACUUUGGCAUGGACGAUCUCGACCUUGACUUUGCUGAUGCCGACGCUGACCCCAGAGCCGCCGGCUCGGCUCUCCCCGCGGUCCGCGACUCGGUCAACUCGCUCGAGGAGCUCGAACUGCUAACAGGCGUCAUGGGCGAGGGCACUGUCGCCGAUCUCGACGACCUGCUGGCCUUUACUAUCAGCAACUCGGCUACCGACGCCUUGGCCACCGUCGACGACGACGCCCAGCUAUACUCGACACUCAACGACAUUCUCGGCGAAGAGCUCGUGUAG